AUGCUAGCUGAUAGAUCUCAGUACUACGAGCAAAGUAAUGAUGAUUUGGAUAUGCAAGAUAAUCAAGAGAGUCAAAUCAUUGUUUAUGAGAAAAUAAUUGAGAGGGAAGCACCAAUGUUAUACCACAAAAUUGACUCUGAAAAGAGAAUGAAAUUUCUGGUAUAUUAUUUGAACUUUUGUAUGCAUAGGAAUGUCGAUGAGUUGAUGAAUAGCUCUCACCCCUCCGCCCAUAAGAAGGUUUCCAGAAUUGAAUCAAUUGGAAUGACAGAUACACAUGUCGCUUUAUGCUUUAUCAAGGGUCUUUUUGGAGGUUCUACUUCGAUUGUUACAAAUGUCGGCCUCAUGUUAACUUGUAGCUCACUUGUUGCUUACUACUGGCCUUCUUCAGCAGAGUCAGUUAACACAACAUUAUUUGCAAAUAGCUUGUUAAGAAAAGCUCUCAAAAAGCAGCCAUCAUUUAUUCAAAGAUUCUUGAUAGGUAUCAAGAUUAAGGAAAUUGAGGUGAACGCUGAUGAGAAAACUCGACUCAUGUUUGAGGCGAAACAUCUGGUGUCAAAGUUAGAAAGAAGACAACAAGAGUUGAAAGCUCUUCAUAGAAAUUUCUGGAAAGAACUAACCCAUGAAGUGGUCAAUUAUGAAAAAAUUGAAUCAAUCAUAUUAAGGGCAAGUGAAUUAUCAAGUAAAUGCGAAACUCACUACGAAAACCUCAGGCUUACAUACCGUCAUGAUAAAUCACUAUUGAGAUCACAUGCCCAAUUCCUUGAGACCUGUAGAUUUGAUCCAGAUAUUGCUCACGAAAUGUACAACGAAGCAAGCCUUAUGGAGGAAGAAGAUUCUGCCAACCAUGCAAUGAAAUCCAAAAGUAACUUGAUGGCAACGGUCAAUAUUGCAGAAAGAAGGAAAAUGUGGAGGGAUCAAGCAAAAAACAGACCUAACAAUAGAGGAAUGGCUAAUGGAAAUGUGAAAGUGGUUCCAGUGAAUGGAAAUAAGGAUAUGGUAAGAGGUGAUUCCACAAGCUCCAUCGAGGGAAAAGAGGGACAAGAAGAAUAUGGACACCACUUUGAAAUGAUAGACCCAAGAACAUCGCUCAGUUAUUCAGAUCAGUUACCAUUCGAUGGUGUUGAAAACUUUGGAAAUGUGCGAAAGGAAACAAUAUUUAGAACUUCACUUUCUGUACCUCACAGACACACUUUUCAACUUGGUGGAUUUAUUGCUUUCUUUAUCUUGUCUGUAUGUCUUUUAAUAUCUUCAUCCAUUCUGAGUGGUCUGAUAUCCUAUGAGGUUACGGAUGAUUUACAAAUUGUAAAGACAGGAUGCAUUCCAACUUCCUCUAUAGUUCAAAUGAUUACAAAAUUGAGAUCCCUCAAGUUUGCUAAUAGUCUUUACUCUCAAAAAUCUUGGCCCACUGAAAUGACAUCGCUUGGGUUUAAAAACUUGACCGAUUUCAAUACCAAGAUGUGGACAGAUUUUAAACAAUAUUAUUCAUAUUUUAUUGCUCUAAGAGAUAUGAGUAUGAAAGAUAGAGUCCUAACACCAACCAUGUAUGAUGAGUUCCAUGAAAGAUACUACCCAAUGCUGACACCUGAAAUAUCAUCUGGAAGCGAAAUUAUAUUAUACAAUUCUACCAAGGCAGUCAAUAUUUCAAUUGCUGAUAUUACCAACUUGGUAAUCAAGUACUCUGAAGACUUGAUAAGAACUCGUGAUUCAGAUCAUACGUUUACUAAUUAUGGCUUUAUGUUCUUUUAUGAUAACCAUGAUUACAUUACCAAAGCUUUUAGCCAAUUUUGCUCUGUUCUUAUUGAUGAAUCCAAACAUGAAGCUUCACAGGUAGAUAUCGCUUAUAUGGCCUUCCUUAUUGUAGCCCUUGUGGUUUAUCUUCUCUACGGAACUGGUUAUAUCAUUUACACUCACAUUUCCCUUAAAUUUGUCAAGUCACAAAUCAAACUCAUUGAGCAUGAAAUUUCUAAAAACAUAGCUGGUCGUUUAUUCCAUGAUUUAGAAAAGAAAGUGAGUGAUGACGUAACUGUUCGUCUUCCAAAAUCCAAGUUAUUGAGACCAAAGAAUAUCAUUAUCAUGCUGAGUAUUUCAUUAAUGAUUUUAAUGGCCGUAUGUGCUGGAUUGCUUUACUUUGGAAAUAGAUACAAUGCAGAAAAGAUUGCUUCCUCUUUUAUUUCAUUUAGACAUGCCACAAACAGUAUGUUUUAUGUCCAGAGAAUAGCCUUUGCUGUCACUGAACAAUUUACAAAUAAGGUUUUGGGAGGUUCAUUGCAAUCAAGUGAAGAACUAUAUUUAAUGAACCAAGAUUUAGAGGAGAAUGUUCAAAGUCUGAGAGAGAACUGGAAUUUGUGUUUAUACGGUGACUCAAAAGAAGUUUAUACCUCCAUAAUGAAUAGAGGAAUUUUAGGCCUGUUUUCUGAAGUAGAUAAUCUAAUAAUUGGAGAAUCUAACUGUACAUUCUCAGAAUUCAGGUAUUCAUAUAAUGUUUCUUCAAAAUGUUUCCUUAGUUUGAAUUCUCUCCUCACCGAUUACAUGUCUUUGUCUACUCAGUUCAACAGUGUGUUAAAAGUCAAAAAUAUCAAUAGCAGUGACAUGGACAUUGUGGAUCAGUAUGCUCAAGCUACAUUCCUCUCCAAUAUGAUAACAAUGGAUGUAGUCGAGAUUUCCUCUGUAAUUUCAGAAAAUUACUCUAACCCAGCUUUUGAAAUAUUGAUCACUUUCUCUAUUGUUGGAUCUGUGUCCAUUUUGCUAUUCUCGUACUUGAUACAUUUGUAUCUUACAAAAUAUUGGAAUUCCAUUCAAGAAAUGAGAUUAUAUUUCAAUUAUAUCAGUGUGGAAACACUUGAUUCAAAUGAAGCAUUGAGAAAUUAUUGUAUCCACCAUUUGGUUAAUGACACCUUCUUGCUAAAGAGGAGAAAUAUGAACAAUACAUCCCUUCAAGAUUCCAAAGUGAGAAGCUUAUUGAACGCUUCAGUAGAUGGUGCAGUCAUGUGUUCUGGGCAAACCUGUGAUAUUGAUAUUUUCAAUCCUGCUGCUCAAAGAAUGUUUGGUUACAAUCAAACUGAAACUGUGGGAAGGCCACUUUUUGAUUUGUUUGAUUCGUUGAGUCAGCAAUCUAUUAGGAAAAUGGUAUCAGAUAUGCUUCAAGGGGCUUCUGAAGCUCAAUCAAAAGGAGAUGCUCUCGAUGCUGAAUGUGUAAGAAAGAAUCAAACAACUUUCCCUGCAAGAGCCAAUAUUUUCCUAACCAAACAUGAUAACAAACCAAUCAUUACCAUAUUUAUCAAGGAUAUAACAUCAGAGAAGAAACAUUUAGCCCUCAUUGCUGAAGAAAAGAAGCACUCUGAAGAACUGUUAUUGAACAUUUUGCCUGAUGCUGUGGCUUCUAAACUCAAAUCUGGUGAAACAUUUAUUGCAGAAAAGUUUGCUGAUAUCACUUGCUUCUUUUCUGACAUGGUAAACUUUACAAGAAUUAGUUCUGACAUGAAUCCUUCUGAGCUAGUUUUGAUGUUGAAUUUUAUUGUAAAUGGUUUUGAUGAAUUGAUAACCAAGUAUAAUUUAGAAAAGAUCAAGACCAUUGGUGAUGCUUAUUUUGCUGUUGGAGGUCUUCAUGGUCUGAAUGCACAAUCAGAUCACCCCGAAAGAACUCUUAAAUUUGCAAUUGAUACCUACCAAGUUGUCUCCAAUUAUAAUUCCAAGAGUGGAAAACCAAUGAGAGAACAAAUUAACAUUAGAAUUGGAAUGCACACUGGAAGUGUUGUGGCAGGAGUUAUUGGAAAACUCAAGUUCGCUUACGAUUUAUGGGGAGAUACUAUCAACAUGGCAUCAAGAAUGGAAUCGAAUUCAGUGAAUGGAAGGAUUCAAAUUAGUAGAACGACCUAUGAAAGAGUGUAUGAUCUUGGUUUUUCAUUUGAAGAGAGAACGAUCAAUGUUAAGGGAAAGGGAGAAACUUUAGCUUAUUUGUUAGAUUCCAAACAUCAUACCUCAGCUAUUGUUAAUCAUGAGGUGAUUGAAGACAGUGAGGAGAUUGAAUCGGUUGUCUUACCUCCAAGGGACACUCUUGAAGUUAUUCCACUGAGAGAAUCAGCUUCCAAUCACACAGACCUUGUAGAUUUAGCUCCCUCCACUCCUUAA